AUGGAUCGUCUUCCUCAAGAGCUUGUCAUUGAUAUACUAUCAAGGCUUCCAAUCUCAACCAUAAUGCAAUCCAAGUCCGUGAAUCGAGCCUGGCGUAUCUUAAUACGAAAUCAAGUGUUUGUCAACAUGCAUUUCAAGCGCAUGGUUGAGAAUGACCCAAGCUUCAUUUUACAAAUCAGAGAUCAACCCAUCCAAAACCAACUUUACUUCGGAGAUUUCUCCAGCCAUCCAAAUGAUAGAAACGUUACGAUCAUCACAAAGAAGCUUACCAUGCUACCAUUGCUAACUAAUUUCCAUUUGGUGAGUUCAUGUAAUGGAUUGCUAUGCUUGCGUGGCACUCACCGAAGCCUUGGACUGAUCUGUAUUUAUAAUCCUUUUACCAGGGAUUCUAUGGAGUUGCCAAAGCUAAUAGCAAAGGGACCUAGUCAUCAAGUGGGGGUAUUGGGAUUUGGUCUGGAUGCUACCACAAACAAAUAUAAGGUUGUAGAGGUAUCAUAUAAACGAAUUUAUAGAGCUUCUCCAAGCCAUGUUGUUAGACCUGUCAAUCGCCUAGCUCCUCAGAUUAUAGCACCUUCUUCAAUUGACUCUGAGGUUCAUAUUUUGACUGUUGGUAAUGGUAGCCCCACAAGGAGAAAUUUGGGAAGUUUCCCUUUCCAUUUUAUGUGCCAAAAAUCUCAGGUUUUGGUCAAUGGAAAACUUCAUUGGAUUUCUUAUCCUCGGGGUAGUAAAGCUUACCUUGCUAUUAUUUCGUUUGACUUGGGUAAUGAACAAUUCAAGGAAGUCCCUAGGCCUGAUUGUAUCAGUUCGGACAGGCAAUUUCACGAACUCGUGGUUCUACGAGGUUGCCUGUCGGCGGUUUGUUUUGAUUACGAUAAUGAAGAACUGGAGAUUUGGGUUAUGAAAGAGUAUGAUGUGAAAGAGUCUUGGGUCAAAGAAUUUAGCAUUGGAACUUACCUACCAAAAAUAUUGCAACCGGAUGAACGUGAAUCAUUGGAUAGUUCUAUGUUUUAUAUGCCUAAGACAUGCAUGCGAGUCCUAUGUCAGUUGAGGAGUGGAGGGAUUUUAUUGGAGUACAAAAUUAAAGCACUCUUUGUCUAUGAUCCUCAUUGCAGAACAUUCCAGAAUUUUCAACUUACAUUUGAAGGAAUUCCCAGAUGUUUCACCUUAGCCGUUCAUGUUGCAAGCCUCAACUGGAUCGAUACAUUUAUCGAGGCACCAUGA